CAUAUUUCGGCCCAAUUUAUUAGGAGCCCAAACUUAUGGGCUUAGGGUUCGUAUAAAUUAUGGUUCGUUUCAGGGUUUUGUAAAUUUCUUCAUCAGAGUUUCGACGGCUCAGGGAACCCUAGUCCACACCAAUGUCGCUUGUUGCAAACGAGGAUUUCCAGCACAUUCUGCGUGUGCAGAACACAAACGUCGAUGGCAAGCAGAAGAUCAUGUUCGCCAUGACCUCGAUUAAGGGUAUCGGUCGCCGUUUCUCCAACAUUGUAUGUAAGAAAGCUGAUAUCGACAUGAACAAGAGGGCUGGCGAGUUGACUGCUGCUGAGUUAGAUAGCUUAAUGGUGAUCGUGGCGAAUCCCCGCCAGUUCAAGAUCCCAGACUGGUUUCUGAAUAGGAAGAAGGAUUACAAGGACGGUAAGUUCUCCCAAGUGACGUCCAACGCCUUGGACAUGAAGCUCAGGGACGACCUUGAACGCUUGAAGAAGAUCAGGAACCACCGUGGUCUUCGUCACUAUUGGGGCCUUCGUGUGCGUGGUCAGCACACCAAGACUACUGGUCGCAGGGGAAAGACUGUUGGUGUCUCAAAGAAGCGAUAAGAAUCUAGUUUCUCUGUCUUAUGGAUAUCUAGGCUUUCUAUCAAUUAUAUAUGUCUUGAGUUUUUUUAUUGUUGAAGAUUUGAAUUUCGGAUUCUGCUUCAGUUUUGUUCUUGCAAUUUGGUCUGGGACGCAAGUCGAUAAAAUUUUUGAUAAACUUAUAAUGUUUGUGAUCCUUGAUCAGUAAUAAUUGCAUUUGUGAUGAUUUUGUUAA